CAGUCUCUUCCUUGAUUUCAUAUCACUGCAAUCUGCAAGUAGGAAAGAACUGGGGAGGAUGGAGACAAAAAAUGGUAGUAGGAUUUUUGGCUGGUUUCAUCAGUACUUUACAAAACCGAAAAAUGAGUCUAUUUCAGAUCACAGAGGAAAACACGUCCAGAACAAUGAGUCCUCUUCCGGUGUGAAAUCAUCCAGUGUAAAUUCAUCCUAUGACGCUGUUACACAUACAGACUGCAACUCCACUGCACUGAGUGUGCAUUCCCUCUCCUAUUGUACAUGUUCCUCUCAGGGUUCAGCGAAGCCAUUCCCUCCUGCUCUCAAGGCUCCAUUUCGUUUGACCUGCAGAUAUGAUGUGUGUGUGUGCCACAGUGAAAAAAACAUUUCCCAGGCACACGCUUUGGUCUCUUUCCUGGAGUCUCCUUCCAGGGGGCUUCGCUGUUACUUGCAAACACGUGACUGUCCACUGGGUGGUGCUGUUUCCACUGAACUUUGUAAGGCUGUCCAGUCCAGCCACUGCUGGGUGCUGCUAAUCAGUCCAAACUUCCUGCAGGAUGACUGGUGCUUGUACCAGAUGCAUCAGGUCAUCUGUGAAGGGCUUAUGUCUCAGAGGAUCAUCCCUGCUGUCUUGGACAUGCACAUUUCAGAGAUUCCACACGAACUGCGAUUCUUCUACACUGUGGACCUGAACAGGAACCAUGAGGCUGGCUACGCUCAGGUGUACAGAACGGUUCUUCAGUAAGGAGUGGGUCUUGGAGGAGGGCGAUCACCUGCACUUUCUAUUGGUCAACCGAUUUGGAGUGACAGGUCUUCUGAACACGUUGCCAUUCAGCAUAAACCUCAGCAUGGUGGAACACGUUGUACUGAAUGCUGCUUCAGGUCAAAGUGCUUAUGGGACUCAUUUAUAAUGUCUCUGUUUAGGUCCAGCAUUGUACUGCCAUUUUGAAUGUUAUGAACACUGUAUGUCAUAUCCCUUUUAAGCUAUUAAUGUAACACAGGUUUAUGGGGCCUGUGUUGACCUUUGUAAAAUUAUAUAACUGUUAUUUUGGGCUUGAAGAAUUUAAACUUAGUUGUUUAUGAAUAAACAAUGUUUGUCAGUUUGCAGAUGCUAGCACUAGCUAGCCUGGCAGUGCUCACUAAAGGGCUAACUAGACUUGCCAUACUGGUAAUGAAACUAA